CAAAACAUUUUAGUCUAAAGUCUAAACUGAAAAUGAUGUUGUGUAGGAGGGGGUUUUCAACAAAUAGCUGUGGAGAUGGACACUUUCAUGAAUGAAUUUGAUCUAGAUGGAAACCACAUUGGGAUAGUCACAACAAGCAUCACAAAUCCACUUGCAUCUGAGAGUCUCAAUAGCUCUGGCAUUGACCUCAAAAGUGGAAGAGACAUUGAGGUCAAAAUUGACUAUGAUGGAUGGAGUAAAAUGAUUUUUGUCUCUGUGGGAUACUCUGAAAGCCAAUUGAAGAGUGUCCUUAACCAUUCAAUUAACCUACCAGACAUAGUUCCAAGCUCCAUUUAUGUAGGUUUCACAGCCUCCACAGGCAACACUUUUCCCGAAAGCCACCAAGUCCUCAAUUGGGUAUUCACAUCAGUGCCACUGCCUAUUCUUUCAGCUGAACACACUAAAGUUGGCACCAUCAAGACCAUAUUGGUAGUUGUCGCGGUAUGCUUAUUUCCUUUCAUUUGGAUAGCUGCUUCUUUGAGGAGAAGAUAUACGAGGGCUAAAAAGAAAGGGGAUAUAGAAAGCCUAUCAAAGAAGGCUGCAGAUAUCGCCGAGGUGUUCACUUACAAGCAACUAUCAAGGGCUACAUGCAACUUCAGCCAGGAAAAUCUUUUGGGAAGAGGUGCAUUUGGUAGUGUUUAUAAAGGUAUCAUAUUAGACUCUGGAAAAACUGUAGCAGUAAAGAAGAUUUCAGCAACUUCUAAGCAAGGUGAAAGAGAAUUCUUAGCUGAAAUAUGUACCAUAGGGCGUCUUAGGCACAAAAACUUAGUGAAGCUCCAGGGGUGGUGCAGUGAAGGCAAUAAUCUUCUCUUGGUUUAUGACUACAUGCAAAAUGGAAGCCUUGAUCACUUUAUAGGCAAGGGCAGUCUGAACUGGCAAACCAGGCACAAGAUAUUGACAGGAUUGGCAUCAGCACUACUUUACCUUCAUGAAGAGUGUGGAAACCCUUUUGUUCACAGAGAUGUUAAGCCUAACAAUGUCAUGCUGGACUCUAAUCACGAUGCUCAUUUGGGAGAUUUUGGGUUAGCAAGAUUACUCAAAAAUGAAGGUUCAGUGACUACAAAUCUAAAUGGAACUCUAGGAUAUUUGGCUCCUGAACUAAGCUUUACAGGGAGAGCUACACCUGAAUCAGAUGUGUAUAGCUUUGGCAUGGUAGUUCUUGAGGUCACAUGCGGGAAAAGGUUAAACUGGCUUAAGCAAGGGAACAGUUUUGUAGAUUCUGUGUGGAAUUUGCAUUCUCAAAAUGCAUUGCUGGAGUGCGUUGACCAAAGACUAGAGAACAAAUUUGAUGAGGAAGAAGCUAAAAGGGCAUUGAUGGUUGGAUUGGCAUGUAUGCAUCCUGAUUCCUUGUUCAGGCCAAGGAUGAGAAAAGUGGUGAACAUUUUUCAGAACCCAAAUGAACCUUUAAUGGAAUUACCAGGAGUGAGGCCAACUGGAGUUUAUGUAUCAGUUUCUUCUAGUACAUCAGCCUCCAACUCUAGCUCUAGAGGUGAGUUACAGAUCCAAUCAUCCACAAAAUCAUCAGAUGGAAAAUUCAAUUAUGUGUGAAGUAUGAUCAGCAGUAACAUCAUUUGCAACUGCAUGCCAGAGGUCAUUGUCUAUGAUUAUUUACCAGCAAGGUUUUUGGAAUCUUUGCAACCGUAGUUGCGGCUGCAUUUGUCCACAAUUGUCCAGAUUAUCAAAGAUCACGAUGAAACCACAACCUUGACUGUUACUGCAAUUCACCACCAAUUAGUGAAUUGGGGAAGAUAAUUAUCUUUUUUAUUUUCUAAAUUCAAUUUCAAUACAUUGACUAUUCUAUUAAAGACAAAACAAGAUUCUUUGGAAAGAGUUAUAAGUAGGAACAUUAUUUUCAUAGGAACAAAUUUGGAUUGUUUAUAAUCUGUAUUUGCUGUGCCAUUGACAUCCAUGUCUAUGUAUGAGGCGUCUUGAGUUUGAGUUUUUACUUGAUGUAUAAAGUUGAUACAGUUUUGACUUAAUUACUUUUAGAGCUCAAAAUUUCA